AGAAAGAAAGAAAGAGCGCGUGUGAUGUGUUUGUGUAUCCUCAGUGUUUUUCUCUUGCGUGUUUCAUUGAGUGUAAACAGAGUCUUGUCUUUGUGUAUUUAAGUGUUGAGACGAUGCAGGACACUACAGUGUGUGACAGUAAACAGAGCUUACAGGAGGAUCAAACCUCCACAGAGUCUCUGGAUUCUGUCUGUAACGCUGGAGAACAGCAGCAGAUCCUGCAGACCAAACUGAAGAUGUGUUCAGUUAAACUCAUCGACUGCACGAACCUCAUGAUGAAGAUUAAAACGGAACCCACAGAAAUCAAAACUGAACCCACAGAAAUCAAAACUGAAUCCACAGAAAGGAAAACUGAACCCACAGAAAUCAAAACUGAACCCACAGAAGACGAAGAUCUCACUGAGGAAGAUGAUGAUUUUAUUCCAUCAGAUGUGAAGAGUGAUUCAUGUUUGGAUAUAGAAAUAACGUCCUCAACAUCAAAAGAGCGACUGACAGCACAAACUCUUUCCUGCAUCACCUGUGGAAAGACAUUCAGCUCACAGAGACAUUUAGAGAGACAUGAGAGAAAACACACAGAACAGAAACUCUUCACCAGAUCUGAGAUCAUCUUUACUAUCUUACAAGAGAAGAAACUUCAUUCAGAAGACCACAGAGAGAAGAAGAAGAAGAAGAAGAAGAAGAAGAAGCAGUUUCACUGUGAGCAGUGUGGGAAGAUUUUUGGCUCUUCCUCUGAUCUAAAUGUUCACAUGAGGAUACACAGCGGUGAAAAACCUUUCAACUGCACUGAAUGUGGAAAAUACUUCAGAACCAAACAAAAUCUUAAAGUUCAUCAGACAAUUCACACAGGAGAAAAACCGUACGAGUGUCCUCGCUGUGAGAAGAGAUUUAGCCUUAAACCUGUUCUGAAGAGACAUGUGUUUUUACACAUUGAGAGACCGUAUCAGUGCAGUGAAUGUGACAAAACCUUUAGGGAUUCAGGUUCAUUAAAAAAACACCAGAAUAUUCACUUUAAAGAGAAACUCUAUCAGUGUUCACACUGUGAUAAAUGUUACAGUCAUAAAUAUCAGCUGAUAAUCCAUGAGAGAGUUCAUACUGGAGAGAAACCUUAUCACUGUAGUCUCUGUGGGAAGAGUUUUAGUGUAAAGGCUUCAUUACUUAAUCACAAAAGAAUUCAUACAGGUGAAAAACCGUUUAAAUGCUCUCAGUGUGACAAGACGUUUACUUGUUCAAGUAACUUAAAAGCCCAUCAAAGAGUUCAUACUGGAGAGAAACCUUAUCACUGUAGUGUCUGUGGGGACAGUUUUAGUGUAAAGGCUACCUUACUAAAUCACAAGAGACUUCAUACAGGUGAAAAACCAUUCAAAUGCUCUCAGUGUGACAAGACGUUUACUUGUUCAAGUAACUUAAAAGCCCAUCAAAGAGUUCAUACUGGAGAGAAACCUUAUCACUGUAGUCUCUGUGGGAAGAGUUUUAGUCAACAGUCACACUUACAAAAUCACAAGAGACUCCAUACAGGUGAAAAACCAUUCAAAUGCUUUCAGUGUGACGAGACUUUUUCUCAUUCAGGUUUCUUAAAAUGCCAUCAGAGAGUUCACACUGGAGAGAAACCUUAACACUAAUGUUUGUGGGAAGAGUUCAUCAAAAGUCAAACUUUGUAAAGCAUCCGUGACCUUAAAGUUAUGACAUCAAAAACUUUUAAAGGUUUUAAAUAUCGUUAAAAAACAAGGAAUUAAAUAAUAAACUAACAAUUAAAAAAAUAACAGUAAAAUAAGAACAAAUAAUUAAAUUAUGAGUAAUAUCACAAAUAAAUUAGGGAUGGGCGAUAUGGCCUAAAAUCCAUAUUGCGUUAUACAUUGCGGCCUCUUGCGAUAGCGAUAUGUAUUGCGAUAUAAUAAUUUCAAUAGACUCGUUUCAGAACAGGUUAUAUAGACCCUUACAAAAGCCAAACUGCUAAAAAAGUAACUAAAAGUAAACCGUUAUGGUCAGAUUAGUCUUGUUACCUCUCUUAGCUGGAACUUUGGCCUGACACACUCUACAGCAGGGGUGUCCAGACUUUUUUGUGUGGUGAUCUACUUUUAAAAUGAUAAAGCCGACAAGAUCUAUCUGCUAAAAAACACAGUUAUUUAUUUUUAUAACACUAAACACUUUAAAUGCUUGUGAGGACUAUACUGUAUAUAUAUACUGCAUGUUUCACAAUUACUAGACCAUAAUGCCAAUUUCGCGCGUGGAGCAGCAAUUAACUUAUGUAACUUAUGGCUUAAAUAAAAAAAAUAGAUGUUGCAACGGUCUUUUGCAUCGGUCUGUUUCGCUGACGCUUUCAUCCAUGUUUAUUCGGCUGCAGCUCGUGGCUCUAAAGUUCGCGGGUAGAUUGUGCCAUCAACACGCAUUAUCGCGAUAGACUUAAAAUCUCUAUUGUAUGCCAAUUUUCUAUCGUUUAUAUUGCAUAUCGUUUAUAUUGCCCAUCCCUAAGAUAAAUACAACAGAACAAACAUACAAAUUAAAUGCAACAGUGCUGCUCAUGUUUUUAGAUUGAUUUAAUAGUAGAACUGUAUUAUGGAGGACGAAAAAUGACUUAAAGCUCUUAUAUUUCAAACUUUCUAGAGUUUUAUUUUAGGUUAUGAUGUUCUUAAAGGGAUAGUUCACACAAAAAUGAAAAUUCUGUUAGCAUUUACUCUAAUGUUGUUACAAACCUCUAUAAAUGUCUUUGUUCUGAUGAACAUGAAGGAAGAUAUUUUGAGGAAAGUUCGAAAUCAAGCCACUUGUGAGUCCCAUUUACUUCCAUAGUAUUAUUUUUCCUGCUAUGAAAGUGUUGUUUUUAAAACACUGUUUAAAACACUGUGUUGACACUUGUUUUAUGAGUGUAAUACACCAUUGAAAUGUUGUUGAUCUCAGUUUAAUUUUAAUUCGAGUUGUGUUGCACCACUUAAAUUUAAACACACAUAUACAUGUUCAUCAUGUUUAAGAGCAAAACCGAGUAACUCUGUCCACUAAUGUAAGUGGGUUUCUGCAAGUUCCUGUCUCAUCUUGACAUAUGAAAGAAAUUAUCCAGGUAACUGUGGCCCUGGUACCUUUUAUUUCAUUAUUGAUGGCCAUUUGUUUAUGUUUGGGCCAAUGGUCUGAGUCAAAGGUGAAUGGUAAGCCUAAGGUGUGAACACAUUUCUAUGAUAAUGAAAUGGUCCGAGUGAGACAGUGGGUGAGAUGUUAAUGUUAAUGGGAUUAAGUGUUGGUGAAACUGAAGGAUUGGGAGUGGCAGGGUUACUUCCUUUCAAUGUCUCAAUGUUCAAUGCUUUCAAAGUUGAGUGCUUGGUUUUCCAUUAAGGGGGCUGCCCGCUAAAAUGUGUAUAAAUGCAAUGUAGGGCUGUAAUUAAACUUGGUGACUGCAGCGCCUGGACUCUAAGUUCUGAUUUAAAGAUCGUUUUCUGCAAUAAAGACUACAGCUCGAGAAAA